AUGGGACUGAAAACCACAGCAAGCAAUGUGAACGAUGAAGCAUCACGUCGGAACUCUCAUAUCGACAGGCUACUCAAAGCGGAAAAGGGAGCUGCGAGAAAGACUACCACUGUUCUUUUACUUGGUGCGGCCGAUCACUUGGGCAAAUCGACUAUUGUCAAGCAAAUGCGGAUGAUUCCUUCAGACGGCUUCUCUGAACAGGAACAGCAGGGUGUUCUUCGCGCGCAGAGCCCAAGGGAAGGAGCUACUGAGGUCAUCUUUACUCAGGCCGGCAUAAAUUGGCGCAUGGUGGAUCUAUGUGGUCAAACUCUGGAAAGAAAGAAGUGGAUGCCGUGCCUUGGAGACGUGGAUUGUCUCGUAUUCGUGGUCGCGCUAUCUAGCUAUGAUCAUUGUCUAGCUGAGGGUCACUGUACUAACCAGAUGCGGGAAGCAAUGAAGCUCUUCGACUCCUCUGCCAACAGCGACCAUUUCAAAAGCAAGCCUAUUCUCCUUAUCUUGGACAAACUGGACGUUUUCGAGGAGAAGCUCAACCACUCACCUAUCUCUGGACACUUUCCAGACUUCCAUGACUCCGCGGCCACAUUUUGGGCUGCGGCGGAAUAUUUUGGCCACCUUUUCCAGCAAAUCAAUAGAACACAGGGCCGUGAGAUCUGCGUUCAUUAUACGAAUACGACUGACGAUAAUUUCCUCAAGUCGAUGAUGGCUUUGUUGUAUCAAAUAGUUAUGGCACAAAGGCUUCGCUCCCAUGGUGUUCUCGACAUUCAUUAG